AUCCCCAGUGGACCACCUAGCAGCUUGGUGGCCUUUAAUAUGCAUUUUAACUUUUUGCUUAGUUUCUUCAUUUGGAAAACACAGAAACUAAUAGCACCUACCUUGCCAGGGCUAUUGUGAAGGCUGAAUAGGUUAAUCCAUGGAAAGCACCUGCCAUAUAGUAAGCAUUAAUAAAAAUGGGCUCUUACUGCCUUCGGUGCUUACCAGGAACCUUGGAACCUUACAGGUGAUUUGUACAACUUUAUUGAAGGAAUGACUCUAAGAUGAGAGUUCCAAGUGAGCAAUUCAGUCACUGUUUAUUUUUAUUUAUUUGUUUAGUCAUUGCAGAGUAUGAGAACACAAAAGUUUUGAUUGUUUAUUCCUUUUAUGAAAUUCUCUACUAGAUCAAAAAGAGGCAGUCUUUUGACUUGGUAUUCUUUUGUAAGAGUGUAAUAUUGGCACAUGAUUACAUUGAAUUGGAAAUUACCAAAGUACAUGCUUUGGGGUAAAGGGAGUUUCUGUGUUUCAUCUGAACUUCGUUCUACCACGUGGACGUGGUAGAAGGAAUCAUCUACAGAAAAAAGAACCGAGUUUCAGAAUCCCCAGCAGGAGUCAUUGGAUUUAUAGAAAGACUGUUCAAACUCGCAAAUGGGCUCAAGUUCCUCCCCCUUUGACCAGGAUACUUGGGGAGAGGUGUGGGGUCUAAUAAUUAGUAUUUACAUCCCCUACACCUGGCACAGUGCCUGACAGGUGGAAAGUCAGAAACUGUUUUCAAGGAACAAAGUAUUCAAAAACCAAGGCACCCGGGGAGGCUUAGUGUCAAGAUAUUCUAUCUAGACUUUCUCAACUUCUACCUACGUGGACUGAAGGUUCAGUUUUCCCUGCCUCCUCCAUAGAAAGAUUCUCCACUCCACAAAGCAAAAACAAUGACCCAGUUUCCUUCCUUUGUUGCAAAAGAGGGAGAAAGGACAGAGACAGGGCUGGAAACAAAGGAGCCUCUCUUAAGUGGAUGAACUCGUCCUACUCCUCCAAGGGUCUUGCUGGUACUGUUAGUUGCCCCCGCCCCUGCCCUGACCCGCCCUAAAGCUCAAACUUGCAAACAAAUUGACAGCAAGAGCGCCGAAGGAGCAACUCUGCGUCUCCGCGAUGGGCUCCGGGACUACGGUCACUGCACAGAGAGAAUUUUCUGGAGGCCCCAUGGAGUCGCCAGCAGAGCUCGACUGUGGUCCCCAACCCUUGGUCUCGGGGGCUGUCCAGGAGGAAUCUCCGGCUGCCAACCCGCUGCUGGAGGACCUGCGGCGGCGGCUGAUGCGCGCCUUGCAGCGCACCGUGGCGCGCUGGGGCUCGCGGCGUGCGCGGGAGGCUGCCGCGGCGGCCGAGGCGGCAGCCGAGGCGGCGGCGCUGGAGGAGCAGAGCCGGGCGCGCGUCGAGAGCGCUCUGGGCCGCCUGCGCGCAGAGCUGCUGGAAAUGCGUUUCCAAAACCAUCAGCUGGCCAGAACUUUACUGGAUUUAAACACGAAAAUGCAGCAGCUGAAAACAGAGCAUGAACUGGAAAUUGCAUCAGAAUCUCAAUCCCUGGAAGAUAAUGCUGUGAAUCAGGAGCAUGAUCUGAACCCAUAACAGAGAUAACUCUGAAAUGAUUCUAACAGUAACAUUAUAUGUGCUUGAUAUGAGCUCUGAGGACAAUUUAUAGACCAAAAAUUUGGAUGCCUAGGGGAAACGAGAAAAAACAUCUAAGAAAGAGGACAGAGAAAAUGGUGCCUUAAAAUAUUUUGAAAAUAUUUAUUUAUUGUUUGGGCUCUUUUCCACAAGAAGUGUGUUGGGGGGGGCGGGGGGGUUAUGGGAAGGAAAGUCACAGAUGCCCAAGCCAAUUUCCAAUCUUCCCUCUUUUUGUUACCUUUCUUUUGGGGCUUUGCCUGAACUUGUUUUUGUCUUACUUUGUUAUUUAAUCUUGGUUGGUAGCCCAGUAGCCUGUUCAAUACAUUGCCCUCCCCUCAUUUUUCGGGAAUUACUUCUGCCUGGAAUCUGACCAAGACCUUCUGGUGGUUUGCCAUUGAGAAUGUUCCUUCUUCUUGGAUAUUGUCAUUCAGAUCAAGGAAAACAGAACAGAUUGUCCCAGGAUUUUUUUUGAACAGGUACAUUCACUGAGUCUGUGUGACAAGGGACACAGAAGCUGCUGUGGUCACCAUGGUAGAAAGCCCAGCCCAGAGGGGUGGGUCGGGGGUUGAAACUGAAUCACUGAGCUCAAAAGGAGAGGGAGGCUGUGGUGUUCCUUGUCUCUGAGGUCAGGCUUGUUAUCCUUUAGAUACAUGAAAUACUCCCUAUUAUACUUGAAAUUAUAUUUGCAAAACAGAUUUCCUAUAUGUUUUUUCCUUUUCAUAAAAUCUCCUUUUACCCAAGUUUAUUCAAGUUGUAGUUUCAUGACUGCGUACAAAAAGUUUCCUAACUAAAGCAAUUCUUUCAUUUACUUUAUAGGAGUUACAAUAGUUCUUAUUGUUGCAUUAGAAUAUCUAACUGUGCCUUAAAAGUACUGUCUUUUUAAUGUAAAAAAAAAACAUUAAAAAAUAGUUGUAGGCCUAAUUGAUAUUUAUACUGGUUAUCCAAAAGGAAACAUUAAUUUAUAACAAGCUAUGUAAUUUUAAUGCUUAAUUAAAAUAAAAUUGCUCUUGAACACAAAAGAA